UCAAGCCAUGCUUGCUACCGUUCUGUUGCUUGCUCUGCCGUUCUGCGUUGCAGAGUCAGCAUCCAGUUAUGCAGGAUCAACCGUCGCUGAUUCUUAUCCUCCCCCCGGUGCUACCAACACUGCCGUGGACGCUUACUUCCCGGAUGCAUCUCAAGUCGGUUAUGCAGGUCCAACGCCUACUGGUGCUGAACCUGCAGCUAUUGUUACUGCCGUCCCGUUCUCUAAGGUCGAAAACAUAUUUCCCUUGUCGAGGCCGAACUCGGCAGACGGCGCAGACAGCACUUUCAAUGUGACACGUCACUGGGGCAACUUGUCGCCCAUGUACUCCGUGGAGUCGUUUGGUCUUCCUAACGCAUCCCCCAUUAUCCCAGAAGGGUGUGGCCUCAAUGCAGUGCAUCUCUUGAUGCGCCACGGCGCUCGCUAUCCGACUUCUGACGGCGGAAUUGCUCAUUUCGCCGCUGACAUUCAUGCUGCUGCAGUGAAAGAGGGCUUCAAUGCCACUGCUGAUUUGAAAUUCUUGGCAACCUGGACAUAUAAGCUGGGCGCGGAGAUUUUGACACCUUUCGGCCGCGAAUCGCUCUUUAGCAACGGGGUUGCCUUUCGCUACAGAUACGGCCAGUUGCUUAAUGGCUUCACGGACCUUCCAGUAUUCCGCACUACUUCUGAAGAUCGCAUGGUGGAUUCUGCCCUGAACUUUGCUGCAGGCUUUUUUGACGUCAGAACUUACGAGACCGACUAUCACCAGGAGAUCAUCAUCGAGGAGAACAACUUCAACAACACCCUCGCCCCUUAUGAUGUGUGCCCCAACGAGAAUUCGGUGGAUAUCGGUUAUUUCGGUGGCACCCAGGCUAGUAAAUGGGCAAAUAUCUAUCUCGAAGAUGCUCAAACGCGCUUGCAACCAAUGCUCCAAGGAUUUAAUUUGACCAUCUCACGGUUGGUUUACAUGCAGCAAUUGUGCGCUUAUGAGACUGUGGCCCUCGGAUAUUCCAAGUUUUGCGACCUUUUCACUGAGGAAGAAUGGGAAGGAUUCGAGUACUACAAUGAGUUCUGGUACAGCUGUGGACCAGGCAAUCCAACAUCAGCAGCGCAGGGCCUUGGCUACGUUCAGGAGCUAGUGUCUCGUCUCACUCACACUCCCAUCAAUGUCUGGAAUAGCAGCACCAACAGCACUCUUGACUCGAGCAACAUCACAUUCCCUCUCAAUCAACCUAUAUAUGUGGACGCUACCCAUGACGUGGUCAUUUCCAAUAUCUCACAUCAGUCUUACAUUUCUAGCCAGAUCGCACCUUUUGCCAGCCAGCUUGUAGCGCAGGUGAUCAGUUGCCCAGCCUCGGAGGAACCCACUCAUAUCCGGUUCCUUCUGAACGAUGGUGUGGUGCCACUGACGGGCAUCCAUGGUUGCAUGGAAGAUUCGAACGGUCUUUGCGCGCUGCCCAGCUUUAUCAGCGGAAUGCAUGAACGAAUUGGGGAAAUCAACUACGCGCAUGAUUGCUUCGCCAAUUAUACCAUGCCCGAUCCUGACAACAUCAUUGAUGGAAGAUACCCUAGUUGAAAGGAUUAAUGAGUAUUUGGUCGUAUGUA